AUCAUCAGGGUUGAAAGAAGGAAUAUGUGGAAAGAAAAAAAAAUAUCGUUUUCUUCUCAGAUAUUUCUUUUCUUAUCUCAGGUGCUUAGUACAGCUCCAUAAAAGACAAUUGACUCUGUACCCUCUUGGCUUCCAUGAAGAGAAUGAAAAAAAUGAUCUGGAAGCAAACAUAGUGGAAUUGUUGGAUGUGAAAGUCCAUAAAGAAAAUGAACAUGAUGAAUUUUCUGUCCAGGCUAAGGAAGACAUUUACUUAUUCCGAAUACCUGCCUCAAGCCUAAGCAGACCAAUGGAGGAUGUCAUUGAGAUGAGAGACAGAUGGGUCACCCUAAUAAACCAAUAUUGUACACACUCUCUGACUCAUUCAGACCAUCAGUCUGAAUUUCAGGAUGGAAGUUCCUGUGUAGAGACUAGCCUAACCUCCAAACAUAAGAUCAAUAAAGAUGGAACAGACAUAUUUCCAGAAGGAAAGGAGAGAGAACUGGUGUCUUUGCUGGCUUCAGCUUCUUCCAUGACCUCACUGAGUAUGGUUCCAACUUCCUGUUGUGAGUCAGAAUCUCAAAGGAGAACCUCAGUGGGACAGGAUAUGGCAAGUGUACCCCAACCUUGUCUCUCUGUAGUCAAGGGAGGCCUAUCUCCCCCUGCCAGCCUUCCAGCUACUAAUUCCAUUCCAGCCACUGAAAGAACAAAAGCUUUUCACUGGGAUAUUGUUCCUCAUGACAAAAUUCAAAAAUCCAUCUGGGCAACAUGUGACCUCCAAAAGAGAAAAAUCGAUGUGACAAGACUCUAUGACCAGUUCCACACUCUGAAUACCCCUGUGAUGUUGAACAAUGAUUUAUUAGGGAAGCAACACCUUCUUUUAGAUCACAAAGUUGCCCACAACUUUAGUAUCUUCCUCAGACAUUUUCACUUCAAACCCAAGGAGCUCCAAGGAAGAUUGUAUGUUCUUCAGGAAGAAACUGGUGGACUUGCCUAUGAGCAUAUCAUAACACUAAGAAGAUAUGUGCCAACAAUAAAAGACAUUGAAAUGUACCAGUCUUAUCAGGGAUCCCCUUCAGAACUACAUCUUGUUGACCAGUUUAUGUUAGAGAUGUGUAAAAUUCCUCAUUUAGGCCAACGGUUGGAGCUCUUGCUUAUGAUAAGAGAAUUUCCAGGGUAUGUGAAAGAUCUUCAGCCGCUAUUAAACCAGAAAAUCCAAGCAUGCCAACAGCUGAAAGCCAGCCAGAUGUUUGUGGCUAUAUUAGAAUAUCUCUUAGCCAUCGGUAACUACUUAAAUGAGAAAGCCGGGAAAGAGAAAGCCAGAGGAUUUAGAUUAUCUUCUCUUUCUAAAUUGUCCCUGCUUCGAGGUAAGGAGAAGAAAUUCACGUUGGUUCAUGCCCUUGCGGAACAGAUCCUCUUACACCAGCCCCAUUUGGCCAAGUUUCCUCAGGAACUGACAGAAUUUGAAGCUGCUCCUGGAGCAUCUAUCAAAGGCCUCAAUGCUGAAGUGGAUGUUUUAAAGAAAGAAUUAGAAAAAAUUAUUCAGUACAAGAAGAUUCUUAAACCUAAGAACCUCCGCCCUUCGGAGCAGGAGAGCCAGUUUCACCAAGAUCUUAAGGACCUAAUUCAGAAGUAUGAAGGGGACCUUUCUCAGCUGUCAAAAAGAUGUGAUGAAAUGAAGAAACUCUAUGGUGACAUUCUGGAGCAGUUUGGGGAACGACCAGACCAGGACUCUCAAGAACUCUUUGGAUGGAUCUCUACCUUUGUUAGAGAAUUCAGAAAAGCCCAAGCAGACCUGGACCUUCAGGUGUCAAAGUAGCAGUCAAAACAACUCCUUCAUCUUCUCUUCCUCCUGGGCCUGUUAUUGCUGGAUAAUCUGUUAGUGCUUCUGAUUUAUCUGUGCUGUUUAUGAAAAUGUUCCUAACAUGGUACCAUAUUUCCCCAUAGUAACAAAAAUUAGAGAUGAAUCUCAUCAAUGAACCAGAAGAGGCCAUCUCUCUCUCUCUCUCUCUCUCUCUCUCUCUCUCUCUCUCUCUCUCUCUCUCUCUCUCUCUCUCUGUCUCUCUCUCUGUCUCUCUCUCUGUCUCUGUCUCUCUGUCUCUGUCUGUCUCUCUCUCUCUCUUCAGGAAGUUCUUGUAACUAGUUGUGGUUAUUUAGGAUUUACACUAUGCUGGACUCUAUGUGGGUUGAGACUCAGUGUAUAAUUAUCAAAGUAGUAUUUAGCUUACCAUCACCCCAAUUUUCAAGACCCCUUAGUAUUACUAUUCUUUAGACCAAAACUUCCCACCCCCAUAAAACUUUUAGUUUUCCUGACCUAUUUUCAAAAGCCUUGAGAAGAGUUUACCUGUACCCUGCGAAGAAAGCCAAACUAUAAGAUAAGCUGAAGGAGGGAAAGUGUAGUGAGUUUCAAAAGUAUCAUUAUGAUCCCAGCCUGGGAAUGCCAUGAUAGUCAUGGGUUUUUCUUGAUCAUGGGGUCUUUAGGGGUAUGUAAUGUCAAAAAUCACACGCUCAAGACUUGAAAUGUCACAACUCUCCCCGAUCCCCUUCUGUAGGAUUGAACAGAGGGGAGGAGGAGCGUCUUACGUCAGAAUUAUUAUAAAGGUCUAUAAUUGUACCUAGAAGAGAGGACAUUUUUGUCCCAAGAAAGUCCCUUGUGUGGGCAGAAUACAUUUUCCUCAACCACCCCUUUCCUUCUGUCCUCUGUUUUCUCCUAAUAAAGCAGCUUUUCUCUGCCAGCAUCUUAUCAAGUCUCCUGUCUGCUCAUUAGAGUGAUUUCUGGGGGUACAAGCAUCCCCAAAAUUCCACUCCACACAAGCUCUAAAGAAAGUAACCUUAGAGGCUUCUCAUAUUGGACCAAGAGAAAAACACUGCAUAAUUACUGCCUUUGGUUAUUUGAAGGCUUUGGGAUCAUAUAGAAGAGUGAUUAGACACAUUCUUCUUGAACUCAGG